AUGGGCGCCAACUGUGUUCUCGGAAAUUGGCGACCUGUAUCUGGCGCGGCAUUCCCUUGCGAUCAACAUGGCGGCCCAAAACACUCCCGCCACCUGGUCCCUCCGCUUUUCGAACACGGCGCGGUGGAGGCAUUCGAGCAAUCAGGGAGGACACUGUCACUCGCUGUAUCACCGCGGGAUGAGAGCAUUGCUAUAUAUGCGUCUCCAAAUACAUCGCGGUCCCAGCCCACCCCGCGAGCCCCCUCAGAGCAAGUUUACCUCGCUGGCACACAUACUCCUCCGCGAUCAGAGCGCAGAGUGUUUGUCACAGAUACCCUCAUCAUCUUCGCGGCGGUACAAAACUUUAUGAAGGACAUUAGGGCGAGGAAGGUCGAGCUCAUCCAGAACGAGGAGGCAAUGGGCGUCAUGAACAAAUUGGGAAACGAUUAUGUGAACUUUUGCAAAGAGUGCUGUAUGCAUACUUCGAGAGAACCCCGAACAGAACCUUUACAGUAUGAAGCAGACCAUUACCGCAAACUGUACACUUGCUUCUCCGCAUUUGUCUUGCUAUACUUGCCUGAACCAAGCUUCGAAGACGUUCCCAUCGGAGACGAACUCAUGGAGUGGCUGAACACGCACUUCAUUGAGCCCUCGACGCAAGAGGGUGACGAUUUGAGCAGCCAAGCACGACCUUGGGAGGAUCCCAACUUCUGGCCUUACCUCACGAGCUCUGCCUUCUUCCUAGAGGUGCUCGCCAACCAUCCGUCAACUUAUCUCCAGCCUCUCACCCAGCAACUAUCACCACUAUUAACGAAUCAUCCCCGUUUGAACCACUUCUCCGCCGAGCGAGACUUCGCUAUCGCCUCUCGUCGGUGGCGCGACAAGGUUAAAACCCUCAGGCUGGAGCUCGACCGCGUACCGGAAUCAGAGCGCGACGAUGGGUUCGAGAAUUGGUGGGACCGCUUCAGCGAUAUCGUUUCGAUUCUGGAAGGCCGUGCGGACGUCGUCCGGAGGGUCUGCGCCGAGCUCGGUGCAGAUUGGAAGGAAGUUUGCGCCGCCUGGGGCAUCUUUGUAGACACGCGCCUUCGGCGGCAGGACCUCCCAGAAGUAGUAGCGCAGAUCCUGGAUGAAGUGCCUCCGGACCCUACGGAUCUCGAGGAUGUGGUUUACUCUGCGUUGUUCCUUGGGAAGCCGGCAGAAGCGCUUUCGACGGCAGAACAGCUCGACAUCUGGCUCGCGGCGCACCUCGCAGAUCUCAUGGAACCAAUAGAACUCAUUGAUUCUGAGCCUGACUUUGAAUCCGACCUGACCCUGCGCCAGCAUUACCUUCUCACGUAUGCGGAGUACCUUCAGUCCGACCCAGGGCUCUGGCGUAUCACCGUCGACUAUAUGUACUCGUGCGGGACCAUCGGCGCCGGGAUGGGCGACCAAAUGCUCGUACGUGUUCCUCUGCGUCUGCAAGCACCCCCGGACGCAGCUGCGGCUGGAGAAGAGGCUGCGCAGAUCCGCAGUGGACAGCUCGCGGGUGUACUCAAGAGCGUGAACGAGGCAUGCUUCGAAUACCAGCGCGAAGAGGUCCGGCGAAUGGUCUGCAGGAUUGCAGCGCAGGCAUUCAUCCGCGAGAAGGAGUACGGGCUCGCAAUCUCGUAUUGUACCUCGGCGGAGGACUGGCCUGGGCUGGGGCGCGUAGUCGACCUCGUGUUGGAAGAGUACAUUGUCCAAGGCACGUCGUGCUUCUUGUUCGCGGAGCUCGUCGCCCACAUCGCGCCCUCGCUCCAAACUCUCCGUCUCGACGGCGCAGGCCCCGGCGCGCCGCCACCCGCGUUUGCCCACCGGCUCCUCUUCGCCGUCCGCUUCGCCGACUUCCACCGGCGGCGAGGCGCGGGCGACCACGCACAGCUGCUCCCGCUCGGGCCCGACGACGCGUGCGCGCUCAUGGUCCGCCUCGAGGAGGCCGCGCGCGGCGCGCCAGCGGACUACCUCGCCGUGCUCGCGCGCGUCGUGGGCGGCAGCGAGCGCCACGCGGCGCAGAGGCUACAGGCGGUCCGCCUCGCGCUCGCGCGCUAUUACGCCCGCUGCGGGGCGAUCGACGUUGGGGGGCGGACGGCCGGGUGGGGUUACUAG